AUGUUUAGGUCUGCGAAAGAUACUGAAUUCGCACCACUCCCUCAAUCGGAAUCGUGCGAGUCUGUCAAUCUAACAGGAAACGACAACGAUGGCAAAGUUCCAUCACGGAAGUUGCCAACAACUUUCGUGUGUCUACUUCUCGGUGUGGCCUUCUUCCUAUCAGCGAUUCUAGGAGCUUUGUCGGGAAUACUGUUGACCCAAGAUCCGGACAAAUACUGCUUUCAACGAACUUCGCGGUUCUCCCCAGUAACUCAAGACACCCAAAUUUCCUAUCAUCUCACCCGAUUCAACGGCUCUUUCAUGCACGAAAAUAUCUACAGAAAACCAGCAAGUCCAGAAGUCGACGAGGCCUGGCAAGCGCUGGGUGUCGACUAUCGCGGUGCAGCCGUACCCCAAGAUCUAGCAGCGAAAUCCGGUCUCACGAACAAACACGUCCAAAUCCAAGAAAAAUACGGAGGCGGCUACCCAGCAAAUGUAGAAGGCCUGCAUCAUCUCCACUGCCUGAACCUGCUAAGACAAAGUCUCUACUUCAAUUACGCAUACUACCAAGCUCAUGGUGAUGGUGCUUUUAGUAACGAAGAACCGAUUUUACAACUACAUAUCACGCACUGUCUCGACAUCCUCCGCCAACAACUAAUGUGUACCAUCGACGUCGGUGUUCUGGGUAGGGUAUGGUAUAACAAGGGCAAUCCAACUGCGUUUCCGGAUUUUAAUACCGUGCAUAAGUGUCGCAACUUUGAGGGGGUGAGGGAGUGGGCGGAAAGACAUCAGAUGCCGGAGGUUGUGCCGGAGGACUUUUAUGUUAGGCCUGAUUUGGGGCUGGUGGGGGAGGAGAUGCCGUGA